UGUCAACUGUGGCGUCAUCAACUUUUACUUUGAAAGUAAUGAACGGAAAUGUGCGACCGGCUAACUUCCUCUGUUGCUAGGUCCCCAUGUGUGAUUGUUUGUGGGUGGAGGUGGAGCGUGAGGUGGAUGAAAGAUGGGUCAAAUCGAGGAACUAAAACUGUUUGUCUCCGAGCGGCUACACGCUGCUGCUUCUGAAAUAUUAGGUGCUAUUGAAAAAUCAUUCACGGAUUACGAGGAGCGGGCUUCCCGGUUGAAGGAAGAAAACGACCGCCACCGAUCUCUGUUGGACAUCAUCCUCCAAGCUAAGUCACCACAGAUACAAGCAGGUCAUGCCACCAAAAGUUACCCUUUUGCCGCCGGCUCAGGUGCUUCAGAUUUAAGUCCAAGGUCAGAGAAAGCCAAGUCCAGGGCCAGAGAAACUCACUACCACUCCAGGGACUGGCAGUGGGCCUUCACCUCACGCACAGACUUUGUUAAGUUUGCAGCUGGUGGCGACUGUCCCUACUGCCUGAAGAAAAUUCAAGCCACUGAGACACAUCUAAUAAGAAAACAUUGUUUGCCUGCUGUCUAUUUUAAUGAGAAAGGCACUGAAAAAUUUGUCGUACCAUGCACAUGCACAGACUUGAUCCAGGGCAGAAGUCACUGGCACUGCCCAUAUUGCACAAAGAUCCUUAAUCGGAAAUGUAACUUUGAGAUGCACAUAUCUAAACAACAUGGCUUCACGAUACUGCAGCAAAACCAAGGCACAGAGACUGAUCAGUCCUCUGUCUCUGCCUUUGAGGAGGGGGCUCCCCUGAGUCCUGAAACCUGGUGUCCACAGAAGUUCAGCAAUGUGCACCAGGAGGACCACCAGGCCUCACUGCUGCUUCAAGUUAAACAAGAAGAAGAGCAGGGAAUAAGACAAGUGAGUCAUGCUGAGUGGCAGAACUCAGUGCAAGUGGAGGUCAAAGGCGAGCAAAUACAACAAGGUAACAGUGAAAUAAUUCUUAAGGUGGAUCACGCCCAAGGAUCUGCAUUCACCGCUGUCUGCAUGGACGGUCUUGUUCAAGAUCCCAGUGAAAUCAGUUUGCAAAGCGGUGAAGGACAUCCACUUCCUCAUUGUUUAAAUCAGCCUCUGGAAAAGCAGUCUGAUAGUGGGGUUGAUGGAAUACAGCAGACAGCAGGGGAAUCUCAGCACAGCACAACUCACUCUAGUUCAAAGGCAUGCAAUAUAAAGACAAAUAAAGGUGUGAAAAAGUCUUCAUCCGCCUUGAGUAAGAAAUCAUCACAACCAUUUGUCAGUCAGAGUCCCACAGGUUCUCAUCGUUGUAAAGCAUGUGGAAAGACUUUCCAUUACAUGUAUACACUGAGGACACACGUGCAAACGCAUGCAGUGGAUAAAAUCCGUAUUUGUGGAAUCUGUGGAAAACAUUUGAAGCCAGCAGAGAGUUUAAUCCAGCACCUUCAGAGCCACACAAAGACUAACAAAUGUGUUAUAUGUGGCAAACAAUUUUCUAACAGUGCCCGUCUGAAACAACAUAAGAGAUUUCAUAGACCGAAGGGAUUAAAUGUCAUGUUAUCAACUUGAAAACCCACAGGUAAGCGAAAUCCUACACGUCCUUCCAAAAAGUACUGUGAUAAUUGUUGUCUGAUCUACUAAAUGGGAGAUACCAAUCCAGUUGUGUGCUUCGGCAAGGAGGAAUAACUCAGCCCUAGUGGGUCGACAGUAUGUUGAUGUUUAUUGUAUAUCAUUAUAUUCAUAUGCAGUUUUGUAGACUUGAAUCAAUAAACUUUGAACUUUC